AUGGAUUACUUUCUGUCCCCCAAGGUGCUCAAUGAAUACCCUACCCAUCGAAGUCAGCGUAUGGCACAACUGCACGACGAGGCAGCGUACAGUGAGUGCUGGAUUUUCAUUGGCCAUCGAGUCACUGGCCCACCGUACGGGGAGAUUCAAGGUCUCGCAAGGUUUCCUGCAGGAUCAACUGAGCUGCGGUCUCUUCAUGAUCCACGUGGGUGGCGGGGUUCUCUUGCAAACAAUAACUGCUGA